AUGAAGUACAUUGAAUUCCCGCAGCUAUCGCGCCUCGCACAGGCACUGACACACGAAGGUCCAGAAUGUUCGGUCCACACUCGAAUCGAAGCCUACUCGUGCAAGAACAUCAAACGCGACAAGAAACUCUUCAAGUCUCUCGAACAUGCAUACACAGACGAAGUCGCUUGCUCGCCACCUCUACCGUCGUGGCUGGAACGUGAGCCGGAAGAAACGCCGUUCGGUCCAAUGGACAAGGCGGCGUCGAGAAAGACGCUCUAUCUCCUCAUUGCGACACUCAACAUCGCAUUCCCGGACCACGAGUUCUCAGACGUCAAGCCAUCCCAUUUCAACAAAGAGAAGAGUGGUGCAAGCGUGUUGAAUGCACUCAGUACCACUUUGCUCUCUCCACACGCUCACGCCCGUACAGGGAGUAUGCCCGCACCCAGAACAUACUCGUCUUACCCACCUAUAUCUCCCAACGCCUUCCCUUCCUCAGUACCCACUGCAUCGUCAACCUCACCCCGCUCUCAGAUCAUACGGAGCCCGUAUGCCCCGCCUCCCAUCGUAUCCGGCACACAUCCUACCCUGUACCGAACGUUGGACGACGUCAUCGGACUCGGAGAUUGUCAGGUCUUUUCCUACACCCCGGACCCUGACUCGGACCCCCACGCCAACGACUACUCCGACGACGAAGACGACGUGGUGUCUGUCGCCGACGAGUACUCUUCUGAUGACCCUGACUUCGACGAUGGAGACGCUACGUUCGAGUUCGAUGCGGACGACCGGGAUUUGGUCGCCCCCUCGAAUUCGCUGUCCUCCCGCAGGAACUCGCGUCUUACUUCAUCUUCACUGGCCAUGUCAAUGCCCAAGUCCAACUCCCCCGACACUUCCCCUGAUACACGUCCCUACACUUACUCUCCCCCUUUCCACCGUCGCGUCCGCCUUAAGCGACGUGUAGGAGCACUUUUGUGGUCCUCCCACUGGUUCUUCCUCAACCCGAAAUUGAAACGUAUCCUGUUCAUCUCCGUGUGGGCACAUACUAAACGGGGAUGGGAAGAUGAGGCGGAUGAAGGGCUUAUUGGAGAAUCAGACGCCUCGUAUACAAGGCAUGGGGGAUACGGCGGGGAAAGGUUUUUCGGAUGGGAAGGAGGCGUCGGGGCAGGCGCGAGGGCCUUGGGGUUGAGUGCGUUGGUCUGA